AUGCGCCCCUCACACACGCGCAAUGCAACUGCUUUGAACCUCCUGCUGUCACGGCACCUUCUCUUCGAUGCAUGGAGAGUAAAAGAGCCGACUGCCAAAGACUACACUUACUAUUCCCCCAUAUACGAUGUUUACACGAGAUUAGACAUGAUUUUCCUGAGUUCGGAACCUGCACAAAGUAUCAUUGACACCUCCAUUCACCCCAACACGUGGUCAGACCACGGUCCGGUCACCGUAGAUGUCGCAGGCCCACACCCACCCGCUCGCCACCCUGUGUGGAGAUUGAACGAUAGACUCCUUCUUAAUCCCCAAACGAAAGCCCACAUAGCCGCCGAUAUCUCCCACUACUUUGAGACAAACACAUCCCCGUCUGUUCCCCCUAUGUUACUUUGGGACGCUCACAAAGCGGUCAUACGCGGAUACCUGAUCAGUGCCUCCUCUUAUAACAAGAAGGCCAGAUCCAAACGCAUCCGGGAACUCACGGACAUGCUUGGCUCCCUCUCACUGAAACACAAAAAAACAGGGUCCGAAACGGAUCUCUCCGCCCUAUCUGCGGUCAGAGGUGAGUUAAACAUGCUCCUGACGACGAAGGUGGAGACCAGCUUGAAGUGGCUCAACCAAUCCUUCUACGAAAAAGGAGAUAAAGCUGAUCGGCUGCUAGCCUCUAGGCUCCGGGCUAAACUUACAAGGAAUAACGUUAUGUCUAUCCAGCAUUCCCCUGGUGUGAAGACUAGGGACCCCAAACGCAUCACUGAAACUUUCUCUCGCUUCUACGAGAAACUAUACAACGCCCAUAAGACCACUCAGACGAAACCAGACUUUAUUGGGGCUAUUCGUACCUUCCUAUCCCAAUGCCAUCUCCCUCGUUUAAGCUCAUCGGUCUCAGCCGAAUUGAAUUCGGAGAUAUCCGAAGAAGAAAUUGCCACUGUUGUCAAAUCCCUAAAACUUAGCAAAGCUCCUGGUCCAGACGGCUUUACGGCCGCAUAUUACAAGACCUUUCUCCCCCAACUUACACCUCACCUCUCAGCCCUUUUCAAUGCUGUCUUACAGGGAGCUUCUUUCUCCAAAGCGGCACUGGAGGCCAAGAUAAUAGUCAUCCCUAAGGAGGGUAAGGACACAUCUAUUUGCGCUAACUAUAGGCCUAUAUCAUUACUUAACUCAGAUAUCAAGAUCUAUGCCAAAAUAUUAGCUCUCCGUCUAAAUAGAGUCUUACCCCACCUUAUCCAUAACGACCAGGAAAUCUUUGGCUAUAGAGUGAGUGCUCCCUGGAUUAUCCUGUGUGUGAUUGGUUACUUUAUAUCAGGCGGGAUUCUUCUACUGCUGUUCUAUUGGAAGCCAGAGUGGAGCGUGUGGGCAAAUUGUGUCCCAUCUUCUUUGGAAAAAGCCAAUGUCAUUUUACUAAGAUCAACGGAUGAAAGAAAGAAAUACACCAGGAAGAGAGUGCGUUGGAUUACGCUGAGUGCAUUUAAAGACUCUCUUUUGAGUGGAUCACAUUGUCCUGUAAUUGCUGAUGAAAACUCAAUUGUGAAUAGAGCCAUAAGAAGGCCAGAUCUCAAAGUGAAAUUCAUAAGGGUACAGAAAAUUCGAUAUGUCUGGGACACUUCUAAAAAAAAAUUUGAGAAAAUUGGAACCCUGGAAGAAGAACAUUCUUGCCAUAGCAUACAUACAAAAUAUGGACUUGGUCUGAACAAAGAGGAACAAGAUAUCAGGAGAUUAGUAUGUGGUCAUAACAUCAUUGAAGUGGAAGUUGCUCCCCUUUGGAAAUUAUUCAUUAAUAAAGUGUUCAAUCUGUUCUACUUGUAUCAGUUCUUCACUGUGGCCUUGUGGCUGGCCGAAGGGUACCUGGGUUACGCAAUUGCAAUCCUACUGUUAUGUACCUGUACAAUCACCUUAUCACUUAUGGAACUCAGACAGCAAUCUACAAAGCUUGACAAUCUGGUCAAAGCUCAUAAUAACAUGAAGGUGACUGUGUGUCCGAGAAACAAUGAUUGCAGCCAGGUUGAGUCUCGACAUUUAGUACCAGGGGAUAUUGUUGUUUUAAAUGGCAAAAACUUUUUCAUGUCAUGUGAUGCAAUUUUGCUGAAUGGAACAUGCAUUGUAAAUGAGGGUAUGCUAACAGGUGAAUGCAUUCCUGUGACUAAAACACAGUUACCACAUGGAGAUGACACAAUGCCUUGGAAACAGUACAGUGGAGAAGAUUAUAAGCGCCAUGUUCUGUUCUGUGGAACAGAAGUGAUACGGACUGAAUCCACUGCACAGGGUCCAGCCAAAGCCGUUGUGCUAAGGACUGGUUUUAAUACAACUAAGGGGGACAUGGUGAGGUCCAUAUUGUACCCGAAACCCUUAAACUUCAAGCUAUAUAGAGAUGUUAAAUGGUUUUUCAUAUUUUUGGGAUUUCUUGCCAUUGUUGGCAUUUUAUAUGCUGUGAUCGUAUUUGCAGACGACAAGGUUUAUGCUGGGAGAAUUAUCGUGAUGUCCCUAGUUCUUUUGACAUCUGCAAUUUGCCCAAUCAUACCAGCUGCUCUGACUGUUGGGAUUCUCUAUGCCCAAAGCAGAUUAAAGAAAAAGAGCAUAUUCUGCAUCAGUCCAGACAGAAUCAAUAUGUGCGGCCAGCUCAACCUCUUCUGCUUUGAUAAAACCGGCACUUUAACAGAAGAUGGACUUGAUUUAAUGGGUGUAAUUCAAUCAAAUGGAACAUGUUUCCAGGAUAUGCUUAAACACAGCCAGAUGAAUGAGCUAACCUGGGGGCCCAUGUUUUGUGCUAUGACUAGCUGUCACUCUCUGAUCAUGGUUGAUGGGAACUUACAAGGCGAUCCUUUGGAUCUGAAAAUGUUUGAGGCCACUGGCUGGGUGUUAGAAGAUACCUGUACAGGUAGUAAUGAGGAAGAUUCAACCCAGAACGUUCUUCUCCGACCCGGACCAGAUGCAUGGAUUAAUACAGUAAAAGGGGUAAAAGUUUUAUUCCAGUACCCGUUCUCCUCCGCCAUGCAACGUAUGUCCGUAAUCACCGAGGUUAUUGGAGAGGAUGAGUUGCGUGUUUACAUGAAGGGAGCUCCGGAGAUGGUGGCCAGUUUUUGCCGACCAGAAACAGUUCCCAAGGAGUUUUUUGAUCAGCUGGAGAUCUACACUUUUCAGGGCUUAAGAGUCAUUGGAGUAGCAUCCAAAAUUCUCCAGAAUGGGAAUCGGGAUGAUUUAGAGAGUGUUGAAAGGGAAGAUGUUGAAUGUGACAUGGAGCUUCUUGGUUUGCUAAUAUUAGAAAAUCGUCUUAAACCUGAAACCAAGCCAGUCUUGGAGGAACUGAAUGCAGCCAACAUCAGGACUGUGAUGAUAACAGGUGACAAUAUACAAACAGCAACAACAGUUGCCAAAAACUGUGGUAUGAUUCCUGAGUGCAGCAAAGUGAUUCUGGUGGAAGCUCUUGGACCCAGUGACUCCUCUCCUGCGUCUGUGACCUAUAAACUUCUAGAGUAUCCACAGACUGGACAAAAUGAAAAAGAUAUUUCCAUCAAUAUUGAAGAAAUAUUGGAUGCCAAAAAACAGACCAGGGAUUAUCAUUUUUCUAUGAGUGGGAAAACGUACGAAAAUCUGGAGAAACACUUUGAGGAUUUAUUGCCAAAAUUACUGAUGAAUGGUACAGUGUUUGCAAGAAUGUCCCCUGGACAGAAAUCAACUAUUAUAGAUGAAUUUCGAAAGCUGGACUACUACGUGGGAAUGUGCGGAGAUGGAGCCAAUGAUUGUGCCGCUCUGAAAAUGGCCAAUGCUGGGAUUUCAUUAUCCAUACAAGAGGCCUCCGUGGCUGCACCAUUUAAUUCUCUCCUCACAAAUAUUCAGUGUGUGCCAGAAUUACUAAAGGAAGGACGAGCUGCCCUUGUCACAUCUUUCUGCAUGUUUAAAUACAUGGCUAUGUUUGGACUAAUUGAAUAUAUCAAUACAUUGCUGCUUUACUGGGAACAAAACAUCUUUGGGAAUAAUCAAUUUCUGGUCCAUGAUUUUGCAAUCAUGUUUGUCAUCUUCUUAACAAUGAGCUCCACACCUGCGUACCAUAAACUUGCACCGUACAGACCGCCAGGCCAACUGAUUUCUCCAUCUAUGCUUUUUUCUGUUGUCUACAAUGUUUUCUUUACAAUAGCCAUGCAGACAUAUGCCUUUCUCAUAGUCCAGGAGCAGUCAUGGUACAGCCGAGAUGACGUUUUUAGUGCAUGUUAUGGAGGGAACGCAAGCUUAAACCGAAAUCUUACAUAUGACCUAGUCGAUAAAAGAACUACGAAGAACUAUGUAAGUUUUGAGAACUCAUCUCUUUGGCUGCUUACUGCUGUGCACCUGGUGAUCUUGGCCUUCAUCUUCUCCAAGGGAAAACCAUUCCGUAAACCCUUGUAUACAAACUACAUAUUUGUGGCUACGCUAAUAGUAGAAUUCACCCUUACCUUGUUCUUCAUAUUUGGAAAUUUCAAGAACAUGUAUGUUGUUUUACAGCUUGCCUGCACACCAACCAGCUGGAGGAUCCACAUGUUAGUGAUGUUGGUUAUAUGUCUUGUUGUGUCAUUCGUGGUGGAGGAAUUUAUCCUGGAUAACAGAGCUCUAUGGCUGGCUUUAAAAAGAUGUCUAAAGUUAAAACCCGGAAGUAAUUACAAAAAAUUAAGGGCAAUUUUGGAAGAGGACACCCAGUGGCCGCCCAUUGGAACUACAGUCUAUGGUGAAAGCAAGGUGGCCAAUGGUGACUCUAAAGUUUACACUAAUCCUGCGUUUGAACAUGAAGAUGUUGUACCAAAUGGAAAAAAUUUAACCUAUGUGCUUCAUGGGGCCUAGACACAGAAAAGAAGGACUUCUACCACUACAGUUCACAAGCUAAUGAACAUUUUGCGUAAUGCACAUGUGCUUUACCAUAGCAUGUGUAACCAACACCAUACGCAUAAGGGAAAAGCUAAAUGUUAUCAAUCACACUCUACCUGUAUGACUUUGUGAUUAUUGUCCCUGCUUUAUUCAUAUCUUCAUUUUAUAUAUUUAUUCACAUUUGUUUUUAUUUAGUUAUUCAAACAUUUAUGGUCUGCUUUUCUAAUCCUACUCUCUGUGCUAAAGGAGGGAGAUAUAUAUCAGUCCUGUCAAUAGACAUGUGUGGACCUUAAUACAGAAGUAAAACUAAAAGCUAGUCAUACUUGAAGAUGGUAGGUUC